UGUCGGUCUGCGUCUCUGUCUGUCUGUCUGUCUGUGUGUCUGCGCUGCUUGACCAUCACUCUCAGCCCUGCACACACACACACACACACACACACACAAGCGGCAGGGAAAGAGGAUGCAUGUGCGUCUCUUCCCCCUCCCCCGCUCUCUCUUUCUUGCUCUGCCUCACUCACCUCGGCCUCUCCUCGUGGUGCUGGUUCUGCUGGCUGGACGGUUGGGGCCUUGAAGAGGACCGUCAGCAGAGUGAGUCCCUUCCACAGCCCGGCGAAGGCAGCGAAGAACACGGCCUCGCGCCAAGUUGCGUUGAAGACGGUCGACGGCAGCGCGAAGAAGGCUAUCGGCUCCUGCACCAGACUUGCAGCACAUCCAUCAGGCCACAUGAUCAUUGUCCAUCCCCUUCAUCCAUCGGUGUGUGUGUGUGUACGAGUGCGAUGAGGGGGAAGAGGCGCGGCAUCAACGCGUGGACGGCGUAGCUGGCAGCUGCACAUAAGACACACAAUUCACACAGACUCACACAUUCACACACACACACACACACACACACACAGAGACGAGUGGCCCAUGUCAUUGAGUGCACACAAACCAGACACAAUGAAGAGCACUGACAAGGCCCCUCUUAGCGAUCUGCUGAUGUUCUCAUGUGAACAAAACCGAUGCACCUACACAUGGCACACGUGUCUGUCUGUCUGUCUGUCUGCCGACCAUUAGCGACGGCAGCAGCAGAAAGUACCCCACACACGCCGUCUUGGGCUGCAAACACGCACACACACACACACACACACAUUGGUGUGUCCGUCCAUGUGGUGUCUCGGUGCUCACUUGGACGGUGAGCAAGCCGAUGACCCCCAGUGGAUUGCGCAUGAGCCAGCAGACACCCUGGUACACGAGGUUGAUGAAGGCCGCCGCGACAAACGACAUGACCACUUCAACGUUGAUGGCAGACGUGUCGCGCAGCCGGCCCACCAACAACACACCCACACCUGCACAAAUGCACACACAGCAUACACGUUUCCAUGUCUAUGGCUGUGUCUCUGUGUGUGUCUGACCGGCGAGGAGGGCGAGGACGAUGGUAAGUGCCACGUCGAGCGAGUGAACGGCGUCGAGGAGGUUGAUGCCAACGAUGAGGACGAUGUAGAAGACACUCAGGCUGGCACUCACGCUGAGGAAGACUUGCUCUUUCAGCACCUCCAAGAGUGUCUCACCUAAAAUCACACAGAGACACAAGGAGACAUAUGGCCAAUGUGCGUGUGUGUGUUUCCUCAUCUUGUGUGGCCGGCCACUGACCAAGAAGGCCUGCGAGUAGGAAGUAGAUGAUGCUUGAGACGGAGACGACGAUCAGCACCACCGUGUACGCGAGGAUGGCGUACUGCGGUGGAUGCACCACGGCUGACACGACAAAGAAACACAAUUGAACAAACACGACCGAUCGUUUCCUCCCGUCCCCUGCUCUCCAACGAGUUACCUUCUUGCGGUUCGACGAUAGCCUUGGGCAGUCCUGGUCGGGGAUAUGACGAGAGCUCCGCGGCUUUGCGUUCCUCUGGCAGCUCUUGCAUGAUGUAUUGGACCUUCGGCUGCGGCUGCAACACACGCUCGCCCUUCACAACCACACGGUUGCCCACCAGCUCGCCCUCCACUCCUUUCUUCUCCUGACAUACACAUAAACACACAGAGACAUGGCUCGGCUGUGGCUGGCUGUCUGUCUGUCUGUGUGUCGGUUGUCUUGCCUCUCCAGGAGGUGGCGCGAACUCGGCCACGCCCAACUGCUCGUCGCUCGGCAUGACGAACUCCUCAAUGCCAGCUGCAUUUGAGUGAGACACCGCACAAGAGACACACACGUGGAAUGAAUGAGAUGGAUUGUUUGUUUGUCUCUGACUGACAUUUGAAUGGUUUCGGGAAGUGUCCGUCUUCAAAGCCGCUCAUCAGUGUUUCCAUCGCUCGUUCGUAUGAGAUCGGCGGGCUCGGCUUGAGCAUGGCCUUGUACUCCUCAUCUGAAAUGCCCAUCUCCGCGCGUGUUAUGAGGGUCUUGACGGGCGUGCCGGGCGGGGGCGGGGAGCCGAUGUAGGCGGCAUACGGCUUGGGGUAGGGGUUGCUCUUGGCGGCCAGCGGCUUGGCGGUGAGCGCCAAGAAAAUGAGGAGAAGAGUCAU